GCCCUGCCUGGCCAUGAUGCCAACGACUGGGAACGACACAGGAAGUCCCUUGAUCACCCAGUUCUGGAGCCAUCACCGGCCGCUGGCCGUGGCUUAUGGCGUGGUCUUUGCUGUGGGCCUGGCUGAGAACGUGGUGGCCGGCAGCUUCCUCCUCUUGCGGCUGAAGCGCUCUGGCCCCACGUCGGUGCUCCUGCUGAGUAUGACAACAGCUACCACGGCCUUCACGUGUGCCUUGCCCCUGCAGAUCCACUACCACCUGCAUGGGGGUGACUGGCACUUUGGGGAGUUGGCCUGCCGGUUGAGUGCCACCCUUCACUGGGCCUUCAUGUUCCUGAGCACCACUUCUUUCUUCUGCCUCUGCCUAGACAGCUACAUGGCGCUGACCCACCCCUUCACACGCCUCCAGCUCGGCAAGGUCCAUUGGGCUGUGGGGAGUGCACUACUCUGGGUGCUCGCUGGGGGUGUGGCCAGCCCCCUGGCCCUGGGUAGCCCCCUAAGCUGGACCGGCCCUGACAAUCGCACCUCCUGCUUUGAGGAUUUUGUGGGAGGUGCGGGGCCUCGGUCCUACAGUGCCUACGCUCUGGUGGUGGGAUUCCUGGUGCCCUGCACCAUCAUCCUGGGUGGCUAUCCCCUGCUGGCAUGGCGUGUGGCCUCUGGCCGCAGGAGCUGGCGCUGCCGCAGGACCCUCAGGACCCUCAGCUUCAGCAUGUUUGUAUGUGCCAUCUGCUUCCUGCCCUACUCCCUUACCCAUCUGCUGCAACAACUCACCGGCCCCAGCCCCUUCCUCAGCUACCUGCGUCGGGUGACACUGAUGCUGGUCAGCCUGAGUUCCUGCCUCAGCCCUGUCAUCUGCCUGCCGUGGGCAUCCCGGGCUAGCUGCCAGUGCUGGGCUCGCCUCUGCUCCCGCAGACCCAAGAAGAUCUUUACCAUCUAUGAUGGCAACCUGGUGGAAUCCACCUCCUGCCCCCCGACGGGAUACAGCCAGGGACUGGGGUGUGGUGGCCAGUUUGGAAGUUACGGAGAGACCCAGGCUGGAGAAGCAGGCCUUGAGGCAAGCAAUGACAAGUGUCCCAGAGAGGCCACCCUGGCUCCUGGCCCCAUACACUGAGCCAAGCACAGGGACA